UCUUUGCUAUCAGCCGGUAAGAGCAGAGAAAACGUUUAGGUCAGGAGCUGUGGGGCUGCUUUUAUUUUUGGCAUGCAUCAUGGAUCAAUUCCUUCGCCCUCUCCCUGCCAUUUGUAGGAAGUGAAGAGUCCAAACCAAGGAUGUUCAGACAGGUUUUUAAGCACAAGGAGCUGGGAGCAACAAGUUGCAGCCUCUAACCAUCACUCAGCACUCACCAGGGGGUUAAAAUGCUGAUCACUGUAACACCACCUUAUGAGCCAGCAUCCCUCCAUCCACAGAUUCCACCCCCUGCUAUACUACCGAAACCCGGGAAGGACAAUCUAAGGCUCCAGAGACUCUUGAAGAAAGUUGCAAAGAAGAAUGCACCACUAGCCUCCCAGCAAGCCAAAUCGUUCCGGUCCAAUCUCUCCCCAGUGAGCGAGGCCAGCCCAGACCUAGAGCACAGCGAGCGCUCAUCUCCGCUGAAGACCCCAGAAACAUCGACGCACAUCACCAUCCGCCUCCCUCCCCGGUUCUCCAUCAAGCCAGUCAUCCACCAUGUCUCAUCUCCUUUUCCGAAGGCCAAGCCAUUCACGCUCAAAGUAACCGAGCAGAGGAGAAUCUCUGAACACCUCAAGCUCUCUGUCUCUCCAGCAGCAUCCCCUGUGCACAGGCAGUCCCCAUGGCAACCAAAAGGGAUGACAAAACCAGACACGCCCACCCAGCUACCUUCUCCACAGGCACAUUGUGUAUUCGUUUUCCCUGACCCUCCUGUUUCCAUCUCACCUGUCAUAGAAGCCCCAGUGGAGGUUACUCAUGUCACCAAAGUGCAUGCGCUUGUCCAUAGUGUGCAGGCACCCAGAGCAAAGACCCCCUUACCAGACCAGUCGUCUACAGCCCUCAGCAGCGAGGACAGGCAGCCUUUGGCAGCCCAUACUGGCAAAAGCCACUCAGAGCCACCCGCAGGGCUGGCACCAAUCACUCUGAAUGCUGAUGAGACUGGAGCUGCUACUCCGAAAUCAAAGGACCCCAUGCUUCCCACCAUGACAGCAGAGCCCCCCUACAAAACCCUUAAGUCUUCAACUCCCAGAGAGCCUGUUGGGACUGCUUUCCCCAGUCCUCGGAUGCCGGAUCCCCAAUUCAGUAGACCAGAAACCCCAGGAAGUGACACAACAAGAUCCAGAACAGAGUGGGUUCCUGAACUUCCUGAGCCACACAGCAAAAGCCUAAGGCCAAUGACUCCCCAUACAGCUCAGAAGCAAGAUGCCACAGUGCCAGCUGACAAUACAAGGGCUUUCUCCACAGAAGCAAAGGAAGAUCUGGUCAUUCCACCACAGCCAACAUCCACCAUUCCCAGUGCCAAUCCGUUCCCCAAAGCGGAGUCUCCACCACCAUCUGUGGAUAAGGCCAGACCUCUUACAGCCAAGCUUAGCGGAUGGUCUCGCCUCAAGAAGCACUUGACAGUGGAACCCGAGGGGCCCCAAUUCCCAGAAACCGAGCCAGCCCAGCCUGAACAGGAGGAAGCAGGAAGUAAAGCAGAAGGCUCUCAAGGUAAUGCCAGCCAAGACAACAGGCUGAUUAAAUCAAGGGCCACCAAAAUGUGGGACGCCAUUUUAUAUCAGAUGACAGCCCUCAAGAGGAGAAAGCAGCAAGAGGAAGAAAAAGGGAUAAGGAAAGAGGAGGGAUUCUCAUUCCGGUGCCGCUUGCCCCUUCUCCACAGACCACGUUUUGAUGCCCGGAAACUGAAGGAGCUGGCUUCCAAACCAAUGAUGAAGAUCACCACCAUGUUAGAGUCGAGCCUGCUCCACCACAAGACACCUGAGGAACCCAAGAAUUUUAACAGGACUGCAUCAGGGUGGCAGCUCAAGUGAAGCCAGCUGGAUUCCACCUCGGCAACAAGCUCUCUCUCAGGCCUCCUCCAAGGUGCUGCCUGAGUUCUGAGCAGGAAAGUGCCUUUUAUAGCCAGAUUUUCCUGCAGCAUGGAGGCCAAACGUGAGGAAAAUAUAAAUAAAAUCCUUCACAGACAGCAGCCUUAUGCUGAGGGCUUUAGGGGGUUAUGAGGACUGUACACUACAUAUCUGUAGUGUACAUAUCCGUAGUGCAUGCACACACCUCCAGAAUAGCUUGAGGAUCCAAGAAGAACAGCUCUAUAUCUAUAUGCAGCUUCAUUUAAAAUAUUCCAAUUGGAGAUCAGGCUACAAAACCAAACAAGGGACCCAGGAAAAGCAGUGAAGUGACCUGUAGAAAACCUCCAAUGUAAAGGCACCUUGUUUCUCAUUCAACAAAAUCAAUGGAAUUUUAGAUUUAUUUUUAAGUGAAUCCCAAACAGUGCCAGCCCAGAAACAGGACAGGUUGUGGCAAUGCAAGUUGCUCCACCCUGCCCCAUCUAAUAUUCUGCCUCCUAGGCUGUACGAUCCGGUUUAAGACUGAAAGAAGGGUUCCGUUUCUAAGCCACUGAGUUCUUUGUUGGAACCCUCAGCAGUAGCCUCAAUUUCUGGUCACUCAGAACUAGACUGAGAUGAAAUCCCUUUGCAUAGAACAAGGGUGACAGGUGGUGGUAUAUUUCAUGCUGCUCUCAAACCACACUUUACUCAGUCCAGAAAACAGAAUCUCUCAUUAGUUUUAGGUUUUAUAAUUAAAUUUGAUCUCCCUAAAGGUAAAUUUGAGGUUGCAGGAGUUGUGGGGGGGGGGGGGGGGGAA